AACUAAACUUCCGGCAUUUGUCGUCAUGCGAUCUGGUAUUUUUUGUCAGUUGAAGGACAUUAUAGCUAUGAUAUACAUUGCUUCAUUUCUGUGGAUGAUCUUAGCAUUAACUUUUGCUAAGAACGAGAACAAUUAUAAUGAGAAGAAAAUAACCCCUACAAAGCAAAUGAAAGGCAUGACAGGGAAUCAACGGACACCCAAAUCCCAUAAGACAGGCACAUAUAAAGCAGUAUACAGUUCAUCAACUAUGGGAAAACUACCAUUUCUAUCACAUACCACGUUGUCACAGGAGAGUCUAACGAAGGCGAUGGUUUCAGGCACAAUCAAUACAAUGACAAAACCUUGCUUAAAUACAUUACAAGAUAGUAACAUAAAGUAUGGGAUAGUUCUUGGAGCAGGAAGUGGUGGCUUUCUCGUAGGAAUAAUCUUGACAUCUUUGAUAUUCAUUUGCAAACGUAAAAGAUGUCAGAGGUUAGCAAGUAAAUUGGAUGAGUCAAUGACUGAAAAUAAGAAUAAACAAACAAAUGUUAAUGAUACUGUUCGACGCACUCAAGCUGCAGGGGGUUACAGCGAUGUUAGGAUGGAAACUUUAAAUGAAGACCAGGUUGGGGUAUACAAUCAUCUGAGAGAAAUAGAGGUUCAAAAGAAUAAAGAUGACACCUACGAUCAUGCCAAACCACAACAUGGUCAUGAAACUACAGGUUCUGAAUAUGACAAAGCAGUUCCGCAGAUAACGAUUGAAGAGAAAAAACCCGAUGAUUACUUUGUGUUAGAAAAAUCAUAAUUUUGUUGUUUUUUUUCACAAUGGUUUAACUGACAUACAUUUGAGCUAUUCAGUUUUUUUUUUUGGUUGGAUACAUGUAUCUCAUUGUAAAACUACACUUCACAUGUAGGAUAUACCGAAGGCUGGGAGUGGGUUUGGUGAAAGAUGUUUGGUUUUGCGGUGUUUAUGAAAGUGAAAUUUCCCUGUUAUUUUUCAUGUUGGUAUAAGAGGUUUUCGUAUAAGCAUACGAUUAACGGGAGAUAGAAUAAAAAAAAAAAUGAGGGAAGAUGUUGACUAAAUUUCAAUCAGGAAAUAUUUUUCUAUCCAUCGACGCAUCCUUCCUUGAUCGUGAAAAAUAAACACGGAAAACUAUACGCCCUACGUCUUGGUUUGUAAAACUUUGUGUUUGUUUUGUUAUUACAAUUUAAAAUAUGUUGCAUUUCAAAGUUUGCUUCUAAAAAAUAACAGGAAAUGUAACGAUAAACGCAUGUACGAUACGAAAGUUUUUAUGGGUGUAAUAAAAAGGUUUUGUUGAAUGUC